AUGAGUAUCCAUGGUAUCAUUACUUUGAAACAAAGUGAGUCUCAUAAAGGAGUAUCACUGUCUUCUUGUAAUGCCCCCUCCUCAAUUCGUAAUCUAUUCAAUGUUGAAUCAAAUGGCCAAAAGGUGCUGGAUAAGAGCUUUUCAUCCACUCAUCCAUCCUUGAAUGUACAAACAAAGUCAUCCAGACCACAGCAAGGACCUGAAUUCCAUCCUAAGAUGUUAAGCCCGCACUCUAAUCCAAGCAGUCCUAUUUCUUACUGUUCUCAUCCCCAAGACCCCAAACAGCUUUGUUCUCAAUCUUCUUCUUUCUGUACCAAUCUGUACUUAUCAUCUUCAACAAGCUCAGAGAGCCAUCGGCAGCUCAGCAACCUACCCUUCCUUCCUCAUCCUCUGAACUGGGACCAGCCUGUAUAUUCAAAGUCUCCAUUGCAUUUGGGUGAGGUUCUAGGUGAUCAAUGGGAUGAGGGUGACUGCCCAAAGGAUCUGAUGAAAGACUUUCUUAAUUUCCCUGGGGAUGCUUCUAACGGCAGCUUUGAUGAUGAGACUUACACGAGCAAAAGUUUAGCAUUUACAGAACAACUGGACUUACAGAUUUUGUCAGAGAAGCUCGACAUAGCCAUCACAGGCAAUGGGGAAAAUCCUGGGCUGGAUGUGAGUACAUUUACCAUAUAA